AUGAUGGACGUGAUCAUCGAUACUCUGAGUGACUUACCGUUCUCCAUUAAUGUUGAUUUCUGGGAGACAGUGUUUGUAAUGUUAGCGAUAAAAGAAAAGAUCGAGAAGUCUCAAGGUAUCCCUGUUGCAAAACAAACCCUUUACUUCCAAGGCAAGGUUCUUCAAGAUCAUGUUGAUAAGUUUGAUUGCCAGCUCCUCUUCGACUCUCGUCUCCUUCUCUACAUCUCUCCCGAGGAUAACCCUAAUCAGAACAACGAUCAAAUGCUUAUAGAUUCAGCGACAGGCAAAAAGAUUACAAAGGUGAUGGCGAGGAGAGUCAACAAUGAAUUUUCAUCAGGACCGGCAUAUUCACUUGUUGAGUUACUUGCCCCUCAAGAUUCGCCAACUGUGACGGUUGGCAAUCAAGCCACUGAGCAAUCUCCACCGUCAGACUCAGCCAAAGAGGUCCUUCCUGUGGAAAAGAAGAUCAACCCCAAUCCGAUGAAACUGACAGUAUAUGUGAAGCCAUAUGAAGAUGAUACCAGGAUAAUUCAAGUAGAGGUUAACGCAGAUGAUAACGUUAAAGAACUGAGGAAAGAGCUGGUUAAGAUGCAAGAGAGGGGUGAGUUAUAUCUGCCUCAAGAAAGGUUUUACUUAGUAGAAAGUGCGAUACCAUUGAUCGAAUCUAAGUCAUUCGAGCGGAACCUUGUUGUUGACGGCGAUAGAAUUGAGAUUAUCAGAAAGCUAUCAUCUUCUAUUUAG